GCAUCAGAUGACAGUAUUGGGACGAGGCCGUGGUGCGUUCACUUUUCCUCGCAGAAAUGUGAGGUUUAACAGCGGGGAAUUGGUGGGCUGAGCGGGGGAUGCUGCUGCUUUCGUCUCAUCCUCUCUGCAUGCACAUCAUAGCGUGUAUCACAUGCAAAGGCAGUUCCUUGCUUUGCGAAGGCUGUAAGAGGACAUUUUUGACCGAACGGGAUAAUCUUGCUGUGUUCCUGAUGGAGGGAAGGUUGGGAGGCUUUCAGGAAGGACACCAUGUUUCCCUGUGUCUCCUCAUGGACUUCUGCUGAAGCGACUGCUCCUCUCUGCUAUGCGCCAUCCACUCCUGCAGCCCAGUCACCUGAUCAGACGCUUCCGGACCUGCUGCGCGGGUGUGCCACGCUCUCAGCCCCUCCCCUGAGCCCCUGUAUCGCUAACAUGGAGUCCCUCAUUGUGGUGACGGAGUAUGAACCUAGUGGGGACAGGAUGGGCGACGUUGACGAGGAGGAGCCAGAAGAGAUGGAUAGCUCAGAGACACCUGAGCUGGCCUCAGCUCCCCCUCCUCCAUUCCACACGCCAUCCUGUGACCUUUUAUUACAUACAGCUAGCCGACCUGAGGCUCUCUUCCCAGAGGCGCAGGAACACCGUGGCAGGCUGAACCUCUCUGACAGGAAGCUGUCACUGCAGGAGCGCUCACACACCCUCUCCUCUCCCUGCGGCUCACCUGGCCUUAACGGUCGCUAUAUCUACCCAUCACUGCCCUACUCGCCAAUCACCUCACCCCACUCGUCCCCUCGCUUACCUCGUCGACCCACAGUUGAGUCGCACCGAGUUUCCAUCACUGAUCUGCAGGACUGCGUGCAGCUGAACCAGUACAAGCUGAAAGACGAGAUUGGAAAGGGGUCUUAUGGAGUUGUCAAACUGGCCUACAAUGAAGACGACAACACCUACUACGCGAUGAAGGUCCUGUCCAAGAAGCGUUUGAUGCGGCAGGCUGGUUUCCCACGAAGACCUCCUCCUCGAGGGGCCCGCUCUGAUCCUGAGGGCCCACCUCAGCCCAAAGGCCCUCUGGAGCGGGUGUACCAGGAGAUCGCCAUUCUCAAGAAACUCGACCAUCCUAAUGUGGUCAAGCUGGUGGAGGUGUUGGAUGACCCAAGUGAGGACCAUCUGUACAUGGUAUUUGAACUGGUCAAGAGAGGCGCUGUGAUGGAGGUCCCCACUGAUAAAGCCCUGAAUGAGGAGCAGGCUCGCUUCUAUUUCCAGGACCUUCUCAGGGGAAUUGAAUACUUACACUAUCAGAAGAUCAUUCACCGUGAUAUUAAGCCGUCGAACCUAUUAGUCGGCGAGGAUGGACACAUUAAAAUCGCUGACUUUGGAGUCAGCAACCAGUUUGAGGGAGCCGAUGCCCUUCUGACCAGCACAGUGGGAACACCGGCAUUCCUCGCUCCAGAAACACUCUCCGAGACGCGCAAAAACUUCUCGGGGAAGGCUCUGGAUGUUUGGGCCAUGGGGGUCACGCUGUACUGCUUCGUCUUUGGUGUGUGUCCCUUCAUGGACGAGCGCAUACUCAGUCUGCACCAGAAGAUCAAAACUCAGCCUGUGGAGCUUCCUGAGCACGCUGAUGUGUCUGAUGAUUUGAAGGACCUCCUUUUUAAGAUGCUGGAUAAAAAUCCUGAAAACCGAAUAACCGUGCCACAGAUUAAGGUUCACCCUUGGGUGACACGGCAUGGGGCAGAGCCUCUUCCUCCCGAGGAUGACAACUGCUGCAGUCUGAUCGAGGUGACAGAGGAGGAGGUGGAGAAUUCAGUGAAACAUAUCCCUAGUCUGGCAACAGUGAUCUUGGUGCGCACCAUGCUGCGUAAACGAUCAUUCGGGAAUCCUUUCGACUGGAGCCGCAAGGAGGACCGCAGCCCCACCACACAGGGACACAGCCUAAUAAAAGGGAGAGCAGGGAAUUUACGGUACUGCUACAUUCACGGUAACCAAAGGAAACAAGAGAGUGGAGACGGCGCACGCAGUGUAGACUUGCCCUUCGUAGGCGAGGAUGAAGUGCUUUCCUGAUGCUUCAUGUCUGACUGAAAGGGCUUAGUGUCUCAUGCCCCCGGGAAGUGGAUGAGGGGGUUUGGAAAGGUUCCCGAGUGCCAUCAUGCAGAAGAUGGCGUGUGGAGCGUUUUCCCUACAACAUGCAUGCAUUUGUACAGUUUUACAGCAGCAUGCGCUGUGUGUAUGUGUGUCAUCUCAGGACACACUCUUCCUUACAUUUGUGCGUGCAUGUGUCUUUGUGUGUGUGUGAGAGAGACUGUGUGUGUUUGUUUUACCUCCUGUCCAAUACAGAGGCUGUGCUUGCACUUUUACAAUAUGGACUUCUUAAAGCACGUGGCGGAGGAGGCUCAAACGUAAUUGGCAGAUUCUCAAUACAGGAAGUGCAAAAAACUUUUAAUACUUGGAAAAUAGCUUCCAUUUAGCUUAAAGCUACGACAGGAGGUUCAGAUCAAUGUAACCCAUUUAAUAAAAUCAGCAUGUAGAUUUUUCUCACAGUGAAUGAUCCAGUUUGUGACUGAAGGGUCCUCCAUGUUUUUAGGAUCAGGAACACUUUCAGGUAUUUAAACCGCUUUUCGGGACAUCAAAAGA